GCCCCCCGCACGGACCCCCGCGGAAGCAGAGGAGGAGCUGGACGCUUCACUUCCGGAAGUAACCGAGGACAGACAGCGGAGAGUGCCCCCGGCCCGCGACCAUAGAGGAGAGGCCGCACUCAUUUCCCAGCCCCCUCAACCCCGCGACCUCCCCGCUGCCUAGAGCGGCCGCUCCGGACUUUAAGAGUAAUCUUCAAACAGUGUACCAGGCCAUAGAGGAGGCGGACUUCUUUGCCAUCGAUGGGGAGUUUUCAGGUAUCAGCGAUGGACCUUCAGUCACCGCAUUAACAAAUGGUUUUGAUACUCCAGAGGAGAGGUAUCAGAAGCUUAAAAAGCAUUCCAUGGAUUUUUUGCUGUUUCAGUUUGGCCUUUGCACUUUUAAGUAUGACUACACAGACUCAAAGUAUGUGACGAAGUCAUUUAACUUCUAUGUUUUCCCGAAACCCUUCAAUAGAUCCUCACCGGAUGUAAAAUUUGUUUGUCAGAGCUCCAGCAUUGACUUUCUGGCAAGUCAAGGAUUUGAUUUUAAUAAAGUUUUUCGCAAUGGAAUUCCAUAUUUAAAUCAGGAAGAAGAAAGACAGUUGAGAGAGCAGUUUGAUGAAAAACGCUCUCAAGCCAAUGGUGCUGGAGCUUUGGCAUAUGCAUCUCCUAAUGCCUCAAAAUGUCCUGUGACGAUUCCCGAGGAUCAAAAGAAGUUUAUUGACCAAGUGGUAGAGAAAAUAGAAGAUUUAUUACAAAGUGAAGAAAACAAGAACUUGGAUUUAGAACCAUGUACUGGGUUUCAAAGAAAACUAAUUUAUCAGACUUUGAGCUGGAAGUACCCCAAAGGCAUUCAUGUUGAGACUUUAGAAACUGAAAAGAAGGAGCGAUACAUAGUUAUCAGCAAAGUAGAUGAAGAAGAGCGGAAAAGAAGAGAGCAGCAAAAACAUGCUAAAGAACAGGAGGAAUUGAAUGAUGCUGUGGGAUUUUCAAGAGUCAUUCAUGCCAUUGCUAAUUCGGGAAAACUUGUUAUUGGACACAAUAUGCUCUUGGAUGUCAUGCACACAGUUCAUCAGUUCUACAGCCCUCUGCCUGCGGACUUAAAUGAGUUUAAGGAGCUGACAACAUGUGUUUUCCCCAGACUCUUGGAUACUAAAUUGAUGGCCAGCACACAGCCCUUUAAGGAUAUCAUUAACAACACAUCCCUUGCAGAACUGGAAAAACGGGUAAAAGAGACACCUUUCAACCCUCCUAAAGUUGAAAGUGCAGAAGGUUUUCCAAGUUACGACACAGCUUCUGAACAGCUCCACGAGGCAGGCUAUGAUGCUUACAUCACAGGACUGUGCUUCAUCUCCAUGGCGAAUUACCUAGGUUCUUUUCUCAGUCCUCCAAAAAUCCAUGUGUCCGCCAGAUCAAAACUCAUUGAACCUUUUUUUAACAAGUUAUUUCUUAUGAGGGUCAUGGAUAUCCCCUAUCUAAACCUGGAAGGACCGGAUUUACAACCUAAACGUGAUCAUGUUCUCCAUGUGACGUUCCCCAAAGAAUGGAAAACCAGCGACCUUUACCAGCUUUUCAGUGCCUUUGGUAGCAUUCAGAUAUCCUGGAUUGAUGACACAUCGGCUUUCGUCUCUCUCAGUCAGCCUGAACAAGUACCCAUUGCUGUCAAUACCAGCAAAUAUGCAGAAAGCUAUCGGAUCCAGACCUAUGCUGAAUAUGUGGGGAAAAAACAGGAUGAGAAGCAGAUCAAGAGAAAGUGGACGGAGGACAGUUGGAAGGAGGUGGAGAGAAAGCGGCUGAACACUCAGGGUUUGUCCCACCCGCUGCAGAACCACUGUUACCACACCAACAGCUUUUCAGCCACCAGCAGAGUCGGAAAGAGAAAUCUGAGUCCUAGUCCAGGAGAAGCCGUCUUAGAGGACAGAGUAUCAGGGGAGAUUUCUGACUCUGAGCUUGAGCAGACAGAUUCCUGUGCAGAAUCCCUCUCAGAGGGAAGAAAAAAGGCCAAGAAAUUAAAAAGAAUGAAGAAAGACCUUUCUCCAGCAGGGCACACUGAGGACUGUCCCGCCAAGCUCUUUGAAGUUCCUGACACGUGGUAACCAGGACCUGAGCGACCCAAACUGCUGGUGCUGUCGCUGAGGAAGAGCGGCGGCUCCCUGAAGCCAUGCUGUACUCACCUUAAUAAAAUGUGCCGUGGGAGGGCCGAAGCCCCACGUCUCCUCAAAGACCAGCUGGUAUCUUUGUGGCCGUGUUUCUCCUUUUUCCCUUUUAAUCUAAACUAACUGCUGACAACGUCACAGUUGUAGGCUGUCAUGGAUGUGUACAUCUUUAGCCGGCUGAUCACCCCGUACUCACGUGAAACCUUUCCUGGCACGAACUCCACCAGGUGUCCAGGACUCCACCUGGGGGGGUCGGUGUGAGUCAGCCGAUGUCGAUCCUCUGGUCCUGGUCUGGCUCAGCACUCCUGCGUGGAGAGGCGUUGCCCAGGUGGUGGGGCCUUGCAGGUGGUGGUCCGCUGCUUCCCCACAGCUGCCUGAACACAGAGGCACGCGGGCCUCUUCCAAGCAGGAAGGUGCCUACCAGCGUCAGCCCAUGAAGGAGCGUGGGACUACCCAACUGUUGUUUUUCCAACCAUCUGAGCUUCUUAUGGGGGGUGUCCGAGUAAAAGGUCGUUUCUGUUCUUGCACAUAGUGCCGUGUGCGCCUUGAGGUGUCCUCGCCCGUCUUUCCGCUGUGUGUCUGUGUUUGGGGUGUGGUGGCGUGUGUGUGGACGCGCGCGUGAGUGAAAUCAUGGCUAAUCGACAACACAUAUCAGCCUGUCAUGCGGACAGGUCACAGCAGCAGCAAAACACCCUGGAUCUCUCCGUGAAUCUGCUUCCAAUAGAUCAUUGUUAGAUAUUUAACAUUUUUGUAUUGUGGAAAUAAAGAUUAAAAAUGUAUUUCCAAAAGAUAAAAUUAAAGAAAUUUUCAUAGAA